AUGCAAGAAGUGUGUAGUUCUAUAAAUCACAUGGGAGCUCAAAUUAAAUCGGAAUCUCCGGCGAUCGGUUCGCUACAAAGUGGUGCGGUGGUGGUAGUUGGAGGUGAAGCGGAUAUCGCCAACGGUCCCCAGCAAAGCGUCCACGUAGUCCAUCCGCAGCAGCAGCUGCAGACGAUCACCACCGGCGGAGGCGGCGGUGGCCAGCUGGUGAUCGGCCGAAAGCAAGUGAUCUGUGAUAAAACUGUGCGUACGGCGGCUCAACUUUCCGUAGGAACACCGGCUGAGCUGGGACCGCAGGGUCCACAACAACAGCAGCAACAACCCCACCCCGAUACAUCCUAUUGGAUGCAAAACGAAAGCGGCUUUAUCAACUCGCAACCCUCCAUGGCGGAGUUUCUGACACAUAUCGACAGCGAAAGCCCUAAACUCAUUUCGCAAGGUUACCCAAUGGGCCCCAGUGAUAGCUUGGAGUCCGUACCAGAGUACCCCUGGAUGAAGGAGAAGAAAACUGCUCGGAAAGCAACAGCACAAGCCGAAUUUGUCGCCGAAAAUGGAUUGCCGCGACGAUUACGGACAGCGUACACCAACACACAGUUGUUGGAACUAGAGAAAGAGUUCCACUUCAACAAGUAUCUUUGCCGACCGCGGAGAAUCGAAAUUGCUGCGAGUCUGGACCUAACCGAGCGUCAGGUGAAAGUGUGGUUUCAAAACCGACGCAUGAAACAUAAGCGUCAGACGCUUUCCAAAACGGAUGACGAUGAGUCAGGAAAAGACGAUCUUAAAGAUUCCAACUCGAAAAAAUCAUGUCAAGGAUGUGAAUUACCCUCGGAUGACAUACCGGACUCGACUUCUAGUUCGCGGGGGAUGAACAACAGCACCCCGAAUGCCGGUAAGUCGUCGUGGCGCAAAACACAUUGCCAACCAGCGAAAUCGAUGGGCAGCUUCCCUGAACUUUCUCCUGACACUUUACCAACAGCGAUGACUCCGAACUCAACCGUCGAACUUGGCACACCGACCGGCGGAGGUGGGGGUAGCUCUAGUGGCGGUAGUGCUGGUGGCCCCAACACGGUCAGUGCUGAUUCCAGCGUUGCCUCAACUGGCAGUCUAGAGGACGAGGAAGAGAUUCAUGCCAAAGUGAAGAAAAAAUCCGACGGACAAUCUAUCAAGAAGGAAACGGUCAGUUCAUCCAAGAUGAUCAGUAGCCAUCCGUUCAAGAAUUAUGAAGGAGUUGGGUACCACCCCAAGAAAGAUAGCGGAUCCACCACGGGACCACCGGCGGUGCCCCCGACGCCCAUACCACAUAGUCCUGUGGCAUCGUCGGCCAUCUCGCCGAGCAGCAACGGAAACAUCAACAAUAACUCGAUGAACAGUAACAACAACAAUAACCUUCAAGCGUACUACAAUCAGCCUGGUCCGUACGGAGUCAUCAAGCAGAAACUGCCCCAUGGCCCACUGAGUCACGAAGGUGCAUCGCCAACUCCAACAGGACCCGCGACAGGUGGUGGCAUGUACUAUGGUGGAAAAUCUGUAGAAUACCUCGGUAAGGCUGACCCCAAUGUGCACUAUCAGGCAGCCUAUCAGCAUCAUCAAAAGACAAUUAUACCACCUGGACCAGUGGCAGGUGGUACGCAACAUGCGCUCAACGCAGGCUAUCCGGGAACGCACAAGGGAGAAUUUGGUCCAUCGCCUGGAAUGAAGAGUUUUAACAACAAGCCGCUCUUGCAAGAUCCAGCUGCAAAGCUGCAGCAACAGCAACAGCACCAGCAACCCGUACUACACGAAGCGCCAUUCCACCAUCAGAAUCAGCUGUACUAUAAUAACUGUGAAACAGGUCUCAACAGCGCCGGCCAAUAUGGGACCACUGGACAACAUUACUAUCCUAACGACUACGAUCCCCAACACGAGUUCGGAGGAGGAGGCACUGGGGGAGGUGGAGUAGGAGGAGGUUACUAUGACCCCACCAAACCAGGAGUCGGUGCCCAGGGCCACUACUACGAGGGAAUGGGAUCGUAUCACAAUGGAUCGAUACCCGUUGUGGGGGGGGCAGGUGGCAAUAUGGAUUAUCAGGGCAACAACGCUGCCUACAUGGGCACCAUGGGUGCAGUAGUGCCGACAGGCAUCGCCAAUGAAGGCUGCGACACCUAUUCCUUUCACCAAGCGUCGCCGAGUGCUGGUGCGUACUACGAGCAGCACAACCACCACCAGCAGCAUCACGAUCAUCAUCAGCAGCAUCAUCACCACCAACAGCAAUCACAUCAACAGUUGCAUCCUUUUCACCAACAACAACAGCAUCACGCCGGCGAGCCACACGUGUUUCCCACGCCUGGUAAUACCGGAGUGCAGAUAUGUACCGCUAGUGCUGCAGGCACAGUCAACUUGGACAACUCAAAUUCGUCAUCGGACUUCAACUUUCUUAGCAAUUUAGCGAACGAUUUUGCACCAGAAUACUAUCAGUUAAGUUAA